GUGGGCGUGGUUUGCGUCCACGUGUGAGCGAGAGCCUCCAAAACCGAGCGGCUUGUUGAGUUUUGUCGCCUGACAGACGCGCUCGUUCACUGCGGUUCUUUCUACCUCAUAUCAAAUCACCCGUGCUCUGUUCCUGCUGCUGAAACUUUGACCCUGUUUGAGUCGUCGUGAGGAUGCACAGCUCUCAGAAGGACACCACAUACACCAAGAUCUUCGUCGGAGGUCUUCCGUAUCACACCACCGACUCCAGCCUCAGGAAAUACUUCGAGGUGUUUGGAGAAAUCGAGGAAGCUGUUGUCAUUACUGACAGACAAACAGGGAAAUCCAGAGGCUAUGGAUUUGUGACGAUGUCUGAUCGAGCCGCGGCAGAAAGAGCCUGUAAAGACCCAAACCCCAUCAUAGACGGCAGGAAAGCCAACGUCAACUUGGCGUACCUCGGGGCUAAACCACGGAUCAUGCAGCCGGGGUUUUCAUUUGGUGUCCCCCAAAUACACCCUACCUUUAUCCAACGGCCUUAUGGAGAUAGUGAGGACGAUCAUUCCCCGUUACUGUAUCCUCCCCCUUUCCGCCAGGUUAUGAGGAUCCCCGCUCACUAUGUGUACCCGCAGGCGUUCGUUCAGCCCAGUGUGGUGAUCCCUCACGUCCAGCCGUCUGCAGCGUCGGCCGCGGCGUCUCCGUACCUGGAUUACACCGGAGCCGCGUACGCGCAGUACUCCGCCGCCACGAGCGCCGCAGCCGCCGCCGCUUACGAUCAGUACCCGUAUGCAGCCUCGCCGGCCGCCGCGGGUUACGUCACUGCGCCAGCGGGGUACGGUUACGUCCAGCAGCCGCUCGCAUCCCCUGCACCGGGAGCCGCAGCCGCCGCCUUCGCUCAGUAUCAGCCGCAGCAGCUGCAGACGGACCGCAUGCAGUGACUGUUUCACAUAAACCAACUGAUAUACCUUUUUUAUUCUUCUGUUUUAUUUGUAGUAUUUAAUAUUUAUUAUGGAGUAGAACACUGUAGUUUUAUAAUAAUAUUGUUUAGUACUCACUCUUGUGUCAUUAAAAACCCUUGUAUUGCUUUUUUCUU